AUGGCUCCCGCACCACAGCCAAGUCUGCUAGACAAAGUGGCCUUGUUACCAGUAGCCGGCAAUGCGAUACUCGCCAUACUUUACAACCUCAUAACCCGACCAAUUGCCAGCGGAUCUCGUCCCGUUGAUGCCUUCCGGGAUGCCAUGUUCAGCGCCAUGCGUUCGUUCCUGUCCAGCAUCGACACGCCAAUCGAACAAUGGAGCGCAAGCACCACCGAAGCUGAAUACCUCGCUGUGGCAAAGAAGCAGGGUUUUGCCCCUGAUACUGAGGUUCUAGCAAGUGGUGUCAAGCUCCACCGUUUGGGGGUCAAGAACCCGCAGUACACGAUCUUAUACCUACAUGGUGGUGGCUUUAAUCUGCCUGCCAUGAACGGCCACUUCGAAUGGCUCCUAGAUGUCAUCAACGAUCUUUCACCGCACGCGAGUGUUGGUGUGGUCUUCUUGAGCUAUACGCUGUCUCCAAAGGGCCAGUAUCCACUGCAGCUCCAACAGGCUACCGAGUCUUUGCAAUGGUUGAUCACGAAGCAGAACAUCAGCCCAAGUAAAAUAAUCAUCGGUGGCGACUCUGCCGGCGGCAAUUUAAGCAUGGCUGUACUCUCGCACGUUCUCCACCCUCAUCCCGAAGUGCCGAAGCUCGAGCUGAAAGAGCCACUCGCGGGUGCUCUGCUCAUAUGCCCAUGGGUGCAUUUCGAGCCCAGCGAUGAUGGAGUGGAUCGCAACCAGCAUAGCGAUCUCGUAACACCUGUAGCGGCGAAGAGAUGGUCGGCCAACUACAUGGGUAACGCAAAGCUGGACAACUACACCCAAGCGGCAGACGCGGACGAGAAAUGGUUCUCUGGUCUGGAUAAGGUGGUGAGAGACGUCUUGGUUUAUGGCGGUGGCGGCGAAGUCCUGAUCGACAGCAUCAAGCUCUUCGGAGCCAAGCUGAAGAGAGCUCACUCCAAGGCGGAACUCGUGGUGCUGCCGAAAGCGGCUCAUAUUGAUAUGAUCAUUGACAAGUCUUUUGGGUACAAAGGCAAGGCGGAGGGUACGCAACUGAUCGAGAGUUGGAUGUCAGCGGCCAUCUCGUGA